AUGACUCAAGAGAUCCCAAUUCCAUACAAAGCAGUAUCAGGUAGCCAUAUGUCCUUACCUUGCGAUAUUUCUUCCACACUGCCUGAUGAUGAAGUGUAUCUGGUACUAUGGUACAAGGACGAAAUUGCCACUCCCAUCUACAGCCUGGAUGCCAGACGUGGAAAGUUGGGACAAGCGAGGCACGCAUCUAGUGAGGAUUUGACGGGAAGAGCAUUUUUUACUUCUGUAGGACAACCAGCUGUGUUGCAAGUCGAUAGGAUAACUUUAGACGAUGAGGGAAUAUAUCGUUGCCGAGUGGAUUUUAAAAAGGCCAGAACAAGACAUUCCGCUUUGCUUGUGUCUAUAGUCGUUCCACCUGGUGUACCAAUAAUAAAAGAUACUAACGGAGAAGUAUUGACGGGAAUUGUAGGACCAUUCAAUGAGGGAGAAAGUUUACAUCUGAUAUGCGAAACAGAAGGAGGGAAGCCUUCACCCUCACUCCUGUGGUACAAAGGGCGAAAAGUGAUUGAUGACAGCUACGAAAUGAUGUCUCCAUUGAUCACACGUAACGAACUAGUACUUUCGAAGUUGCAAAGAAAGGAUCUGAUGUCUACACUCUCUUGCCAAGCUGCGAACAACGACAUUUCAAACCCGGUCCAGAGCUCCAUAUCAUUGGAUAUGAAUUUUAAACCGGUAUCGGUCGUCGUGCGAGGCAAAAGAAAACGGCUCUCGGCAGGGAAGAUUGUCCAAUUUGAAUGCGAAGCCAGGGGAUCGAGACCACCUGCAGCGAUAACUUGGCGGAAAGGAAGCACACGACUAAAAAGUUCGGUGGAUAAGAUGGCAUCACAGGGUAACGUCACAACUAGUAUAUUAACAAUGACGCCGACUAGCGAGGACAAUGGAAAAUUCAUUUCAUGCCAGGCAGACAAUUUGAUGAUCCCAGGGAGUGCCAUAGAAGACAGCUGGAAAUUAGAAGUGCACUACGUCCCACAACUGACCCUUCGCCUUGGGAGUAAGCUACGUCAUUCCAAUAUUCUCGAAGGAAACGAUGUUUAUUUCGAAUGUAAUAUCAGAGCAAAUCCUUGGGUUUCGGAAACGGGAUGGAGAUUCGACGGACAUGAAUUAGUGACCAACAUAUCAGCAGGUGUUAUAGUGAGUAAUCAAUCCCUAGUCCUGCAAAGAGUCCAGCGAAGCAACCGAGGUCGUUACAGCUGUACGGCCACAAACGGGGAAGGACAAGGAGAGAGUAACCAUGUCUAUUUGAGAGUUCAGUAUUCCCCUGUAUGCAAACAAGAUCAAGAAACUACGUAUGGUGCAAUGCUCCAUUAUCCGGUUCAAAUACCAUGCGAAGUGGAGGCAGAUCCUGAUGAUGUUGCCUUCAGAUGGGAAUUUAACAGUUCUACUGGAAAUUUAGAGCUCGUGCCAACGUAUACAUCCGGAACAAAGAGCCUUGUGAACUACAUACCCCGUUCGGAAAGUGAUUUCGGAACCCUGCAGUGCUGGGGGAGGAACAGCGUUGGAACGCAGAGGACACCAUGCUUCUUCUUUGUGAUACCAGCAGAGCCACCACAACCUGUUCACAACUGCAGCCUUACUGAAGAGACAGAAACAUCUUUUCGAAUUUCUUGCAUGGAAGGACGGGAUGGCGGACUCACUCAGUAUUUCUUCAUGGAAAUUAGAGACAUGGCUAGCAAUGUGCUUCAGCAGAAUGUUUCCGCCCAAACGGCUGACUUCACGGUUAGAGGACUGUAUCCAGGCUCUAGAUAUACGAUAAAUAUAUUUUCUAGCAAUGCAAGAGGAAGAAGCAGCCCCAUAGUUAUUCAUGCAGCUACAGCUGCUUCUCCUGAAAGUCAAACAAGACAAGAUGACGUAUGGCAACUAAGUUUAAGCCCAACGAUACUGAUACUUUGUGGCGUAGUUGGUGGCAUCUUUCUAGUGAUUCUCCUUAUCAUCUUAGUUAUUAAAAUGCAUAUAAUUAGAAGAAAACGCAAAGAUCAUCCGCCUAUCACUGGCAACGAAAAGUCUUUGCAAAAUUCUGAAAAAUCUGGAGAUAAUUGUUCAGAAGGUUGUCCGUGUUCUGGACGUGAAGAUGAAAAAGUUCGAGAAAACAUCCCAGAUGUUGUAGUAUUCAGUGAGAAAAUGAAGCCAGGGGAAGAAGAAACGUUUGCAGGAUUUUCACCAGAAAAUGUCCAUUGGAAUCGAAUAGCAUCAAAUUCGGUUACAGAAGAAUAUCUUUCACCGCAAGUAAAAAUGAAGUUGCAAGGGAGCACCGGAGUCUGGCCACAGACAACAGAUUGGCCUCCAACAGCAGUGGACGCAGUUUCCCUUCAAUUUCAUCGACCAGCAGAAGACAACGUGGGUCAAGAUCCCAGGCGCAACUUGCCAAUGCACACGUUGCCUACUAUUGAAGAAGCACCCAUAAUCACUUCAUCACCAUCGGCGACAUCUGUGAUAACCAAGCAGUCCAUUAGCUUACCAGCCAGGCAAACGGAUGUCUGA